UAAAUAGAAAAAUGACAAAGCAAAAUUAAGAUAAGAUGGACUCAAAGCCCGUACAAAAUCCAAAAGGAGAGAAGAGAGACAGAGAAUAAAUACCUAAGAGGUGGCUAGAAGUUAAAAAAAAAAAACUCAGAUUGGGAUCUCUGUAUCUCUCCGGACAGCAGCCAUAUCGAUACAAACAUUGUUUGGAAAAGAGCCACCACCGAUUCGGACAGAUAGCAUGAAGAGGAGUAGGAAGCAAUCAUUGGCCGAGAACCUAGACACAAGCUUGUGGAAAUUGCUACCCCACGAUGUGGUAGAGGUGAUCCUGGAGUGUGUGCCCGUGAAGCCUCUGUUGAGAUUAAGAUCUGUAUCGAAGAAGUGGAAAUUGACAAUCGAUUCCCCAGGUUUCAAGGAACGACAAUUGAUCCGUCGCAGGCAAUUACGUGGUCCCGAUGUCCUCAUCAUGCGUCUCUCCUAUGAUCGACCUGUGGGACGCGAAGGUCGUGGUCGAAAAGUUGUGUUGAGUGCAGCAUCAGCAUCAAGAAGAAGAAUAGGUUGGAACGUGAGUUACACGUGCGGCAUGUUCUGCGCUGGUAGUUGUGACGGUCUAGUAUGCGUCUACUGUCUCUACGUAGACAGUAUCGUGGGCAAUCCUGCCACUGGAUGGCAUCGGAGUUUUCCUCUUUCCAACUAUCAAGGCCUCCUCAUUCAGAGGUUCAAGAGAGAGGGUUCUGACUUCCCAUGGCCUAGCCUUGGAUUCGGUAGAGAUAAGUUAAGUGGCACUUUCAAGCCUGUUUGGUUGUAUAAUUCAUCCGGGUUUGUACUUGGAGGAGCAGACAAGGCUGUUGUUACCUAUUGUGAAGUUUUCGAUUUUAGCACCAACGCUUGGAGGUACGUUGUCCCCGCUUCUCCUUAUCCCAUCAAUGCUUACCAUAAACCCGUCCAUUUAGAUGGCUCGCUUUAUUGGUUAACCGAGUCUGAACCACCCUUGCUACUAUCUUUUGAUCUUCACACCGAGACUUUCCAAGUCAUCUGUAAAGCCCCUUUUGCCGACCCUCGCCACAUCACCAUGUGCGUCCUCCAUAACCGCUUGUGCUUGUCUGAGCAAAAAGACCUCACCCAAGUAAUAUGGUCGUUCGAUUCUUCCGACAAGACAUGGAACACAUUGUGUUCCUUUGAUCUCAACCCAACUGGCGACUUCGCCGCCCCCCUGUUACCAAUUGCAAUUCUGGACAAGGGUCAGUUAUUGCUUCAAGGUCGUGCUUCCAUGGACCCACUGGUCAUACAUGAUCUCCAUUACAGAUCUUAUGAUUUACUCUGCACACCUAAAUCACCCUCUGGUUCUGUUUAUUAUUUCGAAAGUUUAUUCUCUGCUUAAUUUCUCUUUAAUUUAAACUCAUCUCUCAUCUUGUUGUAUUUUUCUAUUAUAUACCUCUCUCUUGUAAGAAGUUACCCAAACAUUUAAAUAUGAAACACACUAUUGCAGUUUCACUUA